AUGGGAGAUUUCUUGCCGAUUAUCAAGUGGGUUGGAUUGAGUGGACUUGAGAAAAGGUUGGUGAUAUUGCAAGGGAAGAGGGAUAAAUUCAUGCAGGAUCUAAUUGAAGAACUUAGAAGAACUAGGGAUAGCUCUGAUUUUGAAGGCAAGACAAAGACCAUGACUGACGUCCUUUUGUCGUUGCAAGAAGCUGAACCAGAAUAUUAUACGGAUGAAAUCAUCAGAGGCAUGAUGCUGGUCAUGUUGUCAGCAGGGACUGACACUUCAUCUGGAACCAUAGAGUGGGCAAUGUCACUGUUGCUAAACAAUCCAGAGGCCAUUGCGAAAGCACAGGCAAAAAUUGACAAACACAUUGGACAAAGCAAGCUAAUUGAAGAAUCAGAUCUUGCAGACCUUCCUUAUCUCUGUGGCAUUAUAAUGAGACACUUCGGAUGUACCCAGCUGGCCCACUAUUACCAGCCCACGAGUCCUCAGAGGAUUGCACUGUGGGAGGCUUCUGUGUCCCACGUGGCACGAUGCUAUUGGUGA